GAAUAAAAAGUAAUCAUAUCAUAGGCUAAAGUUUUAAAUGUAUUCACAAGACACUAUACAUAUAAUGUAUACUGAUGAAGAGAUCAACUACAAUACUUGACGAAAAUUUGAUGAAUUUGGACACCAUUGAAUAAAGAAUAGGAGAAUGGUUCAUUAAGUCGAAAAUGAUAUAUAUUUAUUCGUGUUAUAACCGUUUCUAGGACAAGUUAUUCAAUGAAAACAAUGAAAGUGUAUAGGUAUACAACAAACACUUUCGGAAAUGUAUCUAAUUUCUUAUUUUAUCGCAUAAAAAGUUUAAAAAAUGUUUUCUUGUAUUAAUGGAUAAUGAAUAUAACUUCAUUGUCAGAUUAAAUUUGAGCACAAAUGAUCUUUUAUGUUGAGGAGGGUUGUUCGAGGAAGGCGAACAAACACAUUGCAUUGGAACAAUUAUGUCUUAUCAGUUGAAUAAUUAAUUGUGUUAUGUGAAGACAAGUAUUCUUAUCAAAAUUACCCAGUAGAGGAGAGACAAAUAAUUAAGCUGUUCUAUCGUGUCAACGUUUUAACUCAGCAUUGACGACAAGGCGUUGAUUUCUUCUAUCGCUUGUUGGGGAAUGACGCCUACAAGGAAAUACUAUCAUCAAAUCAACAUCACCAUAUCAACUAAUCAAUACUCUUCAGUGAAAAAAACUUCUGUUGAUUCCAUCAGGACAUGAAGGUGAUCAAAUGUUAUGAAAAUGUUGUUAUUUACUGCCAGAAAAAGUAUUUUUUACUCCAAAUUUUUGCAUACAUCUCUGUAAUAUCAUCAAGUAUAAUCGGAAGAAUACCAAGACUUCAAGAAUUCACCUCAGAGUUUAGUAUUGAUGAGAAUUGUCCAAUUGGUACAGAAAUCGGGACGAUUAGCUCAAUUCUACUAUCAUCAAAUUCUAUAACUUCAUCUGAUUUAAUAUCAUCAUCAACAUCAAGAAUGAAACAAUCAUCAUCAAAUGAAUUUUCACAAAUAAUUCCAUUGAACUAUAAACUUGGUUCACCGUCUAGUUUGUUCAGUGUUGAUGAACGUAAGGGUAUGUUGGUUACUAAAGCUGAAAUUGAUGCUGAAACUUUAUGCUCUUACGUAACUACACUGAAUGCAGAUCAAACAGAUGAAAAUAAUGAUGCACGAAUUACUAAUAUAGAAUCUGGCAAAUUGAUGAAUAAUCGUAGCAAGAUAUCAACAAUUGUCGAUCAAAUCAAAUGUAACAGUUCCGGUGAUUUAAUAAUUCAAUUCGAUGUGAAUGCUUUACAAACAGAUGGUAGUCUUCGAGCAGUUCAUCAUAUUCGUAUUCGUAUACAUGAUCUCAAUGAUAAUGGACCAAAAUUUGAUCAAAUACGAUGGUAUAAACGUUUAAAAGAAGCUAUUUAUCGAACUGGUCGAAGAAUUGAUCUACCAAAAGCUAGAGAUAUUGAUAUACUUCCUGAACAUAGUCGAAUUAAUUAUCGACUUGAAGCAUGGAAUGAUGAUACAUCUAGUACAAUUCAUCCUAUUAAAAGUCCAUUUAAAUUAGAAGUAAGAAAUUCAGGUCAACCUGGUUUACUACUUACUGAAGAUUUGGACGCUGAAAUGGAGAAUCGACAUAGAUUUAUUUUAGUAGCUUAUAGUCCAAAUGUAAUUGUUUCAAAGAAUGCCUUGAAUGGUCAAUUCAUUCCACGUGACGCUCGUUUAGAAAUAGAUAUUGAAGUUGCUGACAUGAAUGAUAAUGAACCUAGAUUCGCAUUUACUGUAUACAACAUCAGUGUAGCUGAAAACACAUCAGUUGGAUCUGUUAUUUAUGAACUUGUUGCUCAUGAUCCAGACAGUACUUCUCAACUAACAUAUACAAUGGCUUCUUCAUUAGAGUAUCAUGUGAUGUCGAGUACAUUUCAUAUUGAAACUGAUGGACAUAUAAGAUUACAUAGUAGUUUGGACUAUGAAUUACGUCAUGUAUAUUCAAUACCAAUUGAAGUAACUGAUGGUGAAUUUUCUGCACGUACCACAUUAAAUGUUCAAGUAGUCGAUGUAAAUGAUGAACCUCCAGCAUUUGAAUUAAAUCCAAAGCAAUUAAUUGCUGAUGAAAACGCUUCACCAGGCAAAUUGAUUGGACGUGUAAGAAUCCGUGACCCUGAUAGUCCUAGUGUAAAUGGUCUUGUGGAAUGUUCAGAGCCACCAGGAUUGAUUCGUCGUCAGGCACUUCAAUUUCUACCUGAUCCAACCGUUAAUCCUACAGCACAAGUUUAUGAUUUAACUACUCGAAUUAAACUUGAUAGAGAAGAUCCUGAAAAUCCUAUACCAGGUCAUUUAAUUGUCUAUUUGAUUUGUUCAGAUGGUGCUCCAAAUACUGGUGAAAUAAUAUCGCAUACUGCCUACAAUGGGGUUCGACUGACGUCAACUAUGACAGCAACUUUAACUAUAAAAGACGUAAAUGAUCAUAAACCAGUUUUUGAAAAAUCUAUUUAUGAUGUAUCAAUUCAAGAAAAUAAUCCUAUUGGCGAAAAAGUUGUUCAAAUUAAAGCUGAGGAUUCAGAUGAAGAUGAAAAUGCUAGAAUUACUUAUUCCUUAUUGGAUAGAGCCAAUUUCAAAAUAGAUUCCUUGACAGGUUGGAUUACUCCAAACCUUGUGUUUGAUCGUGAAACACGGGAUUCAUAUCAGGUUACCGCCAUUGCAAUGGAUCAAGGUAAACCUCGUUUAUCUACCUCUGUCUUGAUCAAUAUAACUGUACUUGAUGCAAAUGAUCAUAGUCCUAUUCUAGCAUCAUAUGAGGCUGAUGAAACUCUUUUACAAACAAAUAAUCUACCUAUUGGACGUUUUGGUCCUAAAAAUUUAUUCAUCGUACAAGAGAAUAUGCCAGCUAAUACAUGUCUUGGUAAUGUAUUGGCAUUUGAUAAAGAUGAAGGAUUGAAUGCUGAACUCAUGUUUAGUCUUCUUCAAGAUCCAGUAUUUCACUUCCAUGAAAGGUUUAAACUUUCACCUGAUGGUGUAAUUUGCACAAAUGUUGAGUUGGAUAGGGAAGAGAAGGAUCAUUACCGGUUGACAGUUGUUGUAAAAGAUCAGUCAAUUGAUGAACAACUGACGACAACUGGAACUAUUGGUAUUAUUGUUCUAGAUGUAAAUGAUAAUCAACCUCAAUUCUUAAAGCCUAUUGGACUUUUAAAUCCAAAUAAUUCUCAGUUAAGUGAAUACCGACGAAAUAUGAAUAUUGGUGUCAUACUCUAUGAUCAACCCUCAGAAGAAAGAAAUUACAACAAUUUCGAAGGUAAUCAAAAACGUAAUGAUGAAGAGUAUCAAAGUCCUAUUUUGACUACACUAAGUCUUCCUACGACAUCAAAUACACAGUCUACACAUAUUGAACCAGUUAUUCGUUUAUCUGUAUAUGAGAAACCUGAACAAGUAAUAAGUAAAUUGUAUGCAGAAGAUCCAGAUACUGGUGAGAAUGGAGCUAUAGUUUACUUACUUGAAGAAUUCUUUGAUUUGUCAGUAAAUAAAAUCAAACCAAAUCCCUUGAUUCGAGUUCAUCCAGAAACUGGAGAGUUAAUAUUAUUACGUCAUAUGAUACCUAUGGAUUUAGGAUAUCAUUUCUUUAAAGUCACUGCAUCUGAUCGUGGUCAUCCUCAAAUGAAAAUGGAUCAAAAGAUUUUAUCACUUCUAGUCGAAGAUAUUCCAGCAUCUGGAAACUUGGUACAAAAUUCUUUAUCAUCCAGUUAUUACAUGAGCAAUAUAACUGGAUUAGGUUUAGAUGAAUGGAGUUUCACUACUGGUAAAAAUGUUCUAAUCAUCACAAUUUUGUCGAUUGUUUCAGGAUUAUUAGCAGCUAUAUUCAUUACUGCUAUUGUUUGUGUUAUAAAACCAUGUUCAAGAAAUCGUCAAAUAAAUAGACAUUUAAAUGAAAGACAUGAUCGUUUAAGAAACCGACCACCAACUUAUCCUGGAGGUUCAGAAACAAAUGGAAUUAUGCUCAAUGAAAAUGGAACAUUCCUUAAUGGAACAAUAGAUCAGAGAGUUUAUACAGUUUCUAAUGAUUCUCAACGGAUUGACUUUCAUAGACCUCCUGGUCCAUUGAAUGGUGAAAUAUAUAUGGAUACAUGGAGGCAUCAAUUUACAGAAAAUGGGACAAAUUAUGGAAAUAUCUCUUAUUCAUACAAUAGUCCAUUAGGUGAUUCAAGAUGUCAACAUUCUAAUGAUCAAGACUCUUCAAUGAAUUCAAAUCAUAGAACUCAAAUAGAUAAACAUAUGGACUUAAAUUCACAUCAUAAAAAUCCAGUCAGCACUGGAGCGCUGCAACUUACUUAUGAAAACUUGGAUUGUCACCACCUUCGAGAUAUUCAUUUCCCAGCUGAAUUAAUUUCAACCAAUAUAUCACCUUCAUUUGGAGAGAAUGUUGAACCUGUGUCAGUUCGAGUACUUACUCCACAAAUGAGUAUUGACGGAUUUAGUGAAACCAGUGAUCAGAUAUUUCUACCACGAUCCAAUAAACUAACUGGUAUUACUAUUGGUUAUUCUACUGACUCAAGAACCCCCGCUUCUAAAAGUGCCUUGCCUGCUUCGAAUGUCAAACUUGACACAGUCAACGCAUUCUGUGUUGCUAAACCUAUACCAAUUCCACCCAAAGUUAUAUGCAAUUUAAGUGGAGAUAAAAUGAGUUCGGAAAUAAUGGAGAAGAGUAUGAAUUCCAAUGAAAUUGAUUUGAUAAAUUCAGGGCUAUCACCAAUGAAUGUUGUUAUAGAUGAUAUUGUUUCAAAUUCUGGUUCAACAAAACAUCAAGGACAUCGUCUAGAUACUACAAUGCCUAGAUUUGGUACACUUUAUAAUGUUAUGACAGUUAAUCAAAGACCGAAUUCAAUUGAUGAACAUGUUAUUCGAGUUGAAGAACAUGCAUCUGAUUCAGGUCGUGGUGGAAGUGAUGAAGACUCGAUUGUACAAAAACUAGACAGUAAAUUGGUACAAUCAAGCAUUUCGAAGUUAAAUUCGACAGAAGGAACCACUAUAUGGAAUGAAUCUUCCGCUGGUUGUGAAUCAUCGCCAAAUUUUUUCAUUCAAGUGAUAAUCCAGAUAAUGUAAUUCUAGCUAAUCCAUGGUUUGUAUCAGAUUCAAUGAGAUCAAAAUAUCCGGACAAUCACUGUUCUUAUCUAUCUACUUCGUGAUAAAAUGAAUUUAAUAAAACCAUUUACUGGGAACUAAAGCAAAGCAUACCAAUUCAUUAUUACUACUACUACUACCAUAUGUUUACUAUUUCUAGACUUUGGAUAACUUUCUCACCUCUUUCAUCUAUCAUUUUUAUUAUUUGUAACAACUGUAACCGUAAGCAUUUACUUCUGUCUGAACUGUAUGAAACUGGAAUGAUUUCCCUUUUCUGAAACAGAUAGAUGCUUAUCUGUAGACGGUCUAAUUCUACUACUUCUCACCAUUUCUGUAUUCUUCUAUCGGUUAUCUUUUUAUUUGUAUAUAAAUAAUUGAGACAAAACGAAUUAUUCACAUUCCUUAAGAAGUUAUUUCUUCGAAAGAUGUUCAGUUGUUAUUUUUUCUUCAAAUAUGCUUGUUGUUUUCAUUCAUUAAUGACUGAAGUUUUAACUUGUUUUGUUACAAUAUGUUUUAGUUAGUUCAAUGUUCUUCUGAUAGGUAACCGUAUUCCCUUUCAACCCAAUAACAAAGAUAUCUCUGGAUAUCUAAUCGUUUGUCUCAUCAAACUUCCUUCUUUACAUUACAAUAGUUUGUCCUUUAUGAUCGAAAGGAAUGAAAUAACAUUGUUGACAUCUCUCCUGCUCUCUUUCACUCACUCACUCACUCACUCACUCACUCACUCACUCACUCACUCACUCACUCACUCACUCACUCACUCACUCACUCACUCACUCACUCACUCACUCACUCACUCACUCACUCACUCACUCACUCACUCACUCACUCACUCACUCACUCACUUCCUCUUUAUCCUUCUCUCUCCUACUCUAUCAAAUGGUAAAUAUUAUUGGUAUUCAGUGUUACUAGUGAAGUUUCCUCAUUUUAAUUGCCACUUUAAUUGUUUCUUAGUUUUGUUAAUGAAUAUGAUCAACUUUUGAAAAUAAUAUCUAGUUGUACCCACAAUAUCGCAUUUUGUACAAAAAUGAUUCAUCCUACCCAGUCAACUCAUUAUACAGUGACCUAUUUCAGAGUGUAUAAUGUGUGACAGUGAAAUUCAAAUGCAUUCCAUUCUAUACU